AUGAUAGUCACUGAAAUCAUCCAGUAUUUCAGCUACCGUUUCUCUAUUGAAACUACCAGUCGCAUUAAUGUAAUUUUAGAGGGUUUGCACCGAAACGUGGCAGAGGUUGGAUCCAAGUCAGUGCUAUUUGUGUGUCUUGGUAACAUUCGCCAGUCACCCAUUUCAGAAGCAGUGUUCAGAAAAUUGCUAACUAAUAAAAAGGUUUCAGAUAAUUCUGCCAUGGACUGCAGUGCUGUUUCCGAAUGGAACGUGGGCCGGGUCCCAGAUCAUAGAGCCAUCAGCUGCCUAAGGAAUCAUGGCAUUAGCAUAGUCCGUAAGGCAAGACAGAUUACAAGAGAAGAUUUUGCCACAUUCGAUUAUAUACUAUGUAUGGAUGAAAGCAAUCUGAGAGAUCCAAAUAGAAAAAGCAAUCAAGUUAAAAACUGCAAAGAUGAAGUUGAGCUACUUUGGAGCUAUGAUGCACAGAAACAUCUCAUUAUUGAAGAUACCUAUUAUGGCAAUGACUCGGGCUUCGAGGUGGUGUACCAGUUAUGCCUCAGGUGCUGCAAGGCUUUCCUGGAGAAGACUUACUAG